CAGCGCAGCAGCGACACCGGCAUCGUCUUUCGAAACUGUUGGGGAGGCCUCCUUUAUCAGCCUCACGCGCGCGUGGCUCGAGUCUUUUGCCCCUGUGCUCCGUCGAAGUGCGGUACAUUUGCGUGAGGAAAUUCUGAGAAGAGCCAGCGGUUUGUUUUGUUUUGGUACAUUUUUUUUUUAGUGCUCGCUCUCCUCGUUGGGUUGGAUUUCUCCUGUGUGGUGGCUUGUGAGCUACAUGCCAGAGUGAUGUUGGUAGGUCAGGCGCUAGUCGAGUUGUUUCGCAUCAUAGCGGUGACGGGACUGCUGAUAUCGAAGCAGUCUUUCAGGAUGGUUGACAGGCUUCCUGCGAAACGGUCUUUUCUCUGCAGCACUGUCUGUCUCUGGUGGCUACUGCUACUGAGUCAAGAUGGGGGCGAGUCGUCACCGCGGACAGCCUGGGAGCGAAGCAGCUCACCACUGGGCGCAAGCCGGUACCUGCGAAGUCUUCGGUGGAUGCCGAUUCCACUGGGGCUUGGUUUUGCCUGCCUGGCGUACCUGAGGAGCUUACGCAGCCGUCAUGCAGAUGACGACAGCAGUCCGCAGCACGUUGCUUCUGGCCUCCAAGUGUCCUUCUACCGAAUGCUGCCCUUGCGCAUGGCAUCUCGGUGGUGGGGCUGGGCCAACGACAUAGAGCUGCCUGUGUGGCUGCGCACACCGGUGCUCGGCCUUUUCGCAUGGGUCGUUGGCUGCGACAUACACGAGGCUGAAGUGGAGGACUUGCGGCAGUAUCGAAACCUGGGGGAGUUCUUCCGACGCUCACUCAAGCCAGGCCUUAGACCCCUUUGCCCAGGCGACUGUGUGGUGAGCCCAGCAGAUGGCACCGUGCUGCAUUUUGGUCGCAUAGAAAAAGGUUUUGCGGAGCAGGUGAAAGGCAUCACCUACUCACUACCAAGGUUCCUUGGGCCUCAUCCCUGGGACCCACACUGUCUACACUCUUAUGGUGAGGAGGAGUACCACAAGAAACUUCUCCAGCAGAAAGACACUGAUUUGUAUCACUGUGUGGUCUACCUGGCCCCCGGUGACUAUCACCGUUUCCACUCCCCUGUGCAAUGGGAGGUGCAACACCGGAGGCAUUUUCCAGGUACCCUUCUAAGUGUGCGACCAGGUGUUGUCAACUGGAUAGUCGGCCUUUUCAAUAUGAAUGAACGUGUAGUCUACAUGGGUCGGUGGCGACAUGGAUUCUUCAGUAUGACUGCUGUCGGUGCUACCAACGUUGGCUCCAUCAAGGUUUACUUUGAUAAUAACCUUGUGACCAACCGGCGAAAGUACAAGAAGCACAACUUCAACGACCAAUGCUUCCAGUCCAACCACAACUCCGAGGGCAUCCGCAUUGAGAAGGGCGAACCCUUCGGCGAGUUCAAUCUGGGAUCUACCAUUGUGCUCAUCUUUGAGGCACCAAGGGACUUCUCGCUUGAGCUCAAGGAAGGCCAGCGCAUCAAGUACGGUGAGCUCAUCUGCCGACAGUCCAGUAGCAGCUGUCAAGAGGCACGGACGUGAGGCCAGCUGCUGCAGCAUUCAGAGUUUCGUUUUCGACACUUGUCAUCAUUGAAUUCCGUCUCAUAGUGAGAGAUUGCAGUGGGCAUGUUGCAAUCUUCACAAGGCUGCCUGAAGGUCCACAGAGGUGGUUCAAUGUAUUUUUGCUAUCUUCACUGGUGCAGAGCCAGUGUCGCCCGAUUGUUGCACCAGCUUGCGUAGAGAGGUGCAAAGUGGUGACGUCCCUCGGUGAAUGCCUAUCUCGUAUGCGGCAACUGUAUGAGCUACAGUGGGGCUUAACUAGAACUGCACAUUGUUAUAGCAUUUGGUGUCAUUUGCACUGUUUGUGUCAUCAUUUUUUUUUUUUUUCAUUUUGCCCCUAUUGGAAGAGGCUGAUGGAGAUAGGCGCAGUUACGUUAGUAAGAGACAGCCUUUUUUUUUCCCCCCUCUAGCGCUUGAUUUGUGCACAAAUGCUCACGUGCACACAGUUUCCAUUGCAUUGACCAUUCAAAUACAACAAUGUUGAGAACGGCUUGUGCCAAGAAAAGCAGUUGAAAAGAUUUUAGGUACCCAGGGGUCAUGUAUGUGCAGGUUAGGGUUGCAGUUGCAGCUUCACAUCCACGCAUGGGUGGUAGAGAUGCAAAAUGAAAUGUUGCAAUUGUAAAAACUAGGCAUUACACUAACGAUGCUAAAUGUUGCCAGUGUACAGUGUUCUUGCUAAGUUGAAUGACAUUUUACUUGGUACUGUAUCAAUUUGUAAAAGUCUUACUUAUUGCAAAUGCGUGAUGGUCCCGAUCCAGGCCUGCCUGAGUAAUUUUUAUUCACUGUAUGAUGACCGGCGAUGUAAAGUGGACCUAUGUGCUUCUAGCUUAAUGGCCUUGCAUUUCUUUCAUUGUGAUGUUUUACAAUCAAAAGUAUGAUGUGUAUUGUACAAGUUGGAAUCAUGAAAAGACUUGUGACUGUUAAACUAGAAAGCUUUUUUGAUAUCUUUAAGUAGUAGAACAUUUGUUCAGAAGUCGGACCCAGUUUCACCAUCAUACCAUAAAAAGAGUGCUCUUUAAUGUGUUGUAUUUUCCGGUUCAGGAUUGAAUUACCAAUGUGUAGCCAUGUGAUGUUAGUAUAGAAUCUGCCUGCUCACAUCACAAAGCAUAGGAAUUCAUAAAAACCAGAAUGAGGUGGAUAAAUUGCCUCAUGGCUGGUUUCAUUGUAUCCAUGUAUGUGGAAACAGGAAAUUAUAAUUUCUUCAGCAAGAAAGACUACCCCAGUUCAGCCGAUGCACAUUGAAAACUGUGGUACUCUUUUUUGCUAGCAUUCAAUGAAGGAACUUUCCAGGUUACAGUCCCAUGCUGAUGUUGCCAAUGGAAGGCCCAUUGCUAGUGCCAAGGAGUCAGGUUUCUUUUUUUUUUUUUUGUCAGAAAUGACUGUUCCAGGGCAGAUUCUUCUUUAUAACACAUCAUAUGCGACAGUCACCCCAAGCACAGCAGUUGCUUUCCUUUUAAGGUAAAACAUGCACAUGGGCAUCAAGGCUGCACUGAAGAUAUUUCUUUCCCUACACACCCUUUACUAUAUUUUUUUUUAUUUAUUAUUCCCACUUUACUAGCUUGUUUAAAUAUAAUGACAGAAGAAGGGACAAUCUCUCAACUGUCUGUGAUAUAGUGUUGAUAUCUGAAACUGUUCAGAACCUCCUUUUUUUUAUGUUCCCUUAAUAUUAUGGCACCUUCUGUUCACCGUACACACUGUUAUUGUUUCGUUCACUUUUGUUUUUCUGACACAUACCUUCGUAUUGUACGUGAUGUGCGCUGCAAUUAGUACUAUUGAGCUUUCCAAACUGGAAAUUUCUUGAAGUUUCAUUUUCACUAGCCUAUAGAUUACCGAGUCCAUAGUUCUUCCUGCAUUUCUUUAUCGGAGUAUUGGAGGAUGUGCAGAAGCAUUUCCAGGGUGUAUCUUUUCCUCUAUCCAGCUUCCAUUUCUUGGAGAUCAUCAUAAUAUAAUGGUGCGUGGCACUUGCCGAUAGCAUUGAACAUCGAUAGCACAGUAGCAUCGUGAACAGGAAAGUUCUAGUGCAAGUAAAAAAUAUACAGCGAUUUCCAUCACACCACUAGCGGCGUACAUGAUGGCACACAGGUGGCAGAAAAAAGUAAUUGGAGCGUGACAUUAUGCAUGAUGCGGUAGAAACUAAGUGUGAUGAGCUCGUGCCAUUGGUAGUACGUAGCACUCACGUGGUCCAUACCAGCUUGCCGUGGUUCCCGUUUUUCGCAGCGGGUUACACGUAAAUGCAGUUGUCUUGUGCUGUCACAUGCUGCUUACUUUUUGUGUCACUUGUCUAUACCACCAGAAGCUGCCAACUGCCAUGUAACUUUCCAUGCUCUAAUCUCCUGUAGCGGCUGUUUCUACUGGCAAACAACUGACUCGAUUUUUAUGAGAUGGACUCUUGGCUGUAGGUGGUUGCUACGAAUUUAUCUGACAGCUAUUUGUGCAUAUUGUAAACUGUUCCCUUUUUCACUUUUAGACUAAUGGUUUUCUUCUUGCUCCUUUAUUAUGGCUUACCAUGUACACUUCAUGAAAGGGAACAUUGUCAUCCAACCGACUGUAUCACGAAGCUACAGAGGCUUCAGAAUUGAAUUUCCCUUAUUAUUUGCAGUUUCACACUUAAUAUUACAGCUUAUUGAACAAAAGCCGUUGCAAUACAAUCCUUCACACCUUCUGUCACCAUUAAAGGAUUACUACUAUAUUCGGAAAUGCCACUCAGGCAAGCAAUUCUAAUCAUCUUGCUGCAGAUGUGCACAGUGCAUUGUUUUCUGUCUUGUUACUGUAUGCACAGUUAUACCGUUGUUUGUUAUUGAUGCUAUUUAAUUUCUUCUGCAUCAGUUGUCAUUUACUUAUUACUUUUUUUUCAUUUAAGUUUAAUAACCUAAUUUGCAUUCAUUUUGUAUACUUUACAAUGGUGCUUUAAAGCUCUGCGCUUAUUGGACGUUACGACUCCUGGUUGCCGCUUUUGGUUACAUUUAAACUGAGAAGUCCGACAAUCAUUUAUUCUGUCAUUAAAACUACGUCUGCAGUGUAAGUGUGUCUGUAAAUCUGUUUGUUGGGAGCAAAGUUGAAAUCUUUAUCGGAGAGAAAACACUGCCUCCCAUAUUCUUGAAAUAUUCUUCCUUCAACUACAGAAAGUCGAGAGAAGCAUGGAAACUCAGCUCAAGCAGUCACAACGUUUCAUUAACACUUCUUGAAUAUUCCGGAGCUCUAAUUUUGCUGACAGGCAAUUUUGGUUUCGACUUAAAGGUAUUACAGAGGCAGCAAGCUGCUACUUGCUGCAGGAAUCGUUGAGGAGCAUUACUGAAACAUGGUGAUUACUUCAUCAGUCUAGGGUUAGAGCUGUAGUCUAUUCUGAUAAGCCAAGGCAGUGUGUUGAGUGGCAGGAUCGUUCAAGAAUAUGGGAGGGGAGGUAUGCCACAACCAAACCAGCCUUUGGAAAAGCUAGACAGAUUUCAUUUGUGUUGUGGUUUGAUACCAGUCAAAGCCAAAGCAUAUCGACUUCCUGUUUGUUGUCAUCGUCAUGUUGCAUUUGUAUUCAUGCAACUGUGAGCCAAAAGAAAAAGUCAACCGGUCUUUCGUGUUGGAAUGUUGGUGUUGUGAUCGUUAGGCUUAGUUAGGUUCGUCUAUGGUUGCUGCCUUGCAUUUGUUAAACCGUUGAUGUCGUCGCAACUUUCAGUGCAAAAGUUGCUCGCUGAACCACAUGCUCCCCGGGUAUGUGAUUUUUCAAAGGUUAUCCUGUGAGAAUCUCAAGGGGACUGGUGGAGUUGGACGACACAAGCUAAUUACACUUUCUCGAAGGGCAAUUUAAGCUAAUCUAAGGACUAUUGCACAUUCGGCGAAAAAAAGUAUGAAUUUUUUUGUUUGUUAGCGUGUUGGUUCUGUUGGAAUGCUCUAAAGAAUCACAAGUACGUUUUGGAGAGGUGUACAACAAAACAGAUUUUCCAUUUUAUUUAGAACUUGUGGUGAUGGUACAUUAUUAAAAGUAGACAGAGUGCCAGUGCUUUUAGUGUUACAGUUGUGCACAGUAAAAUAUCAUUGCUGCAAAGCAGUAUUAUUAGUAUAUUAUUAGAUCUUUGUGAAUGCAUUUGUCUCACUUUUGUAUCAAGUGGCUAUCACUUAGCCGGUGCAGGAGUUAAUUGUUGGAGCCAAAAUGCCGAGAUGUACCACGCUUGAAAGUGAUUAGCGGGCAUGCCGUGUUUACGUACAUACAGUGUAACUUUUCAACUGGUGAAAUGCCGGACCUUUCUGAAUGCUUGUCUCGUCGCAUUUUGUGUCACGCAAAAUCUCAGUGACUUGUAGUCAGUGAUUGCUAGAGUUCCUGUGGUAAGGGACGGUGCCUCUGUGUUUUUUAGGGGCAGCAAGAACAUGCUAUGAAGUGCCUCUUUGUUUUGUAUACAUGUAUAGCCACCGUUUUACAUUUGUCAAGUUCGAGGUGUUUGUGUGUGUGAUGUUGUUACACUCGGAAGAGUACAUCUUGGAUCAUUGUACACAGUAUUGCUUGUACGUCACGUGACUGCAAAUGUCUUUCUUGUGCUGAGGCAGGGAUGCCCAGCAAGGCCUGAGGCUGCCACAAGCAGACCAGUUUCUAUGCGAUGUGUUGGUAGCAUUUUAAUAAAGUGCUGAUUCUUAAAAAAUAAA